AGGUGAAGAGGAGACCAUUGCCAGAUUACGUUGAGAUGGCAAAGAAGGAUGUGAGCCCUAACAUGAGGGCAAUUUUGGUGGAUUGGUUGGUGAAGGUUGCGGAGGAAUACAAGCUUCACUCUGAUACUCUGCAUCUAUCUAUCUCUUACAUUGAUAGAUUUUUGUCAAUGAAUGAUCUCAACAGGAAGAAACUCCAGUUGCUCGGUGUUUCUUCAAUGCUCAUCGCAUUAAAGUAUGAGAAGAUCAAUCAUCCACCUGUGGAUGAAUUUUGUUACGUAACCGACAACGCAUACACAAAGAAAGAGGUGGUAAAAAUGGAGGCUGACAUACUCAAACAUCUCAAGUUUGAAGUGGGCGGUCCCACAAUUAUGACAUUUUUAGGGUAUUAUUUCACUGUUGUUGCUCUAGAAGAUUACCAAAUUCCCAAUUUGAAGUUGGAGUUCUUGGGUUAUUACCUAGCAGAGUUAAGCUUGUUGGAGAAUGACUGUGUGAUACUCUUGCUUGCUUUGGUGGCUGCAUCUGUAGUAUUUCUUUCACGGUUUACAAUCCAACCAAAGUUACAUCCUUGGAGUUCGGCCCUGCAAGAUUUCUCUAGCUACAAACCCGCUGACCUAAAGGAAUGUGUUCCUAUCAUACAUGAUUUGCAAUUAAGUAAAAGGAGAGGCCCUUUGGUUGCAUCAAGAAACAAAUACAAGCAGCAUGAGUUCAAAUGCAUCUCAACAUUGGCCUCACCUCAGGAGAUACCGAAUUCUUUUUUUGAAGAUGUUAAAGAUUCAUAGUGAGGGUUAGGAGAAUUAGUUGAUCUUGCUUGGUUGAUGGGGAGAUGAUUGUCUUGAAGAAUGUUCUUGCAUCGGAAGGUUAGCUAAUUCAGAAAACUCCCAAUGGUUAUUCGUUUUUGAUAAUUGCUGGUCGUUUCGCUGAUUUGGUUGUUUUGAGCUACUGGUGUGAUCAAUUUCUGCUAGACUUAAAAAAGAGGGCAUGAAUGGCAUUGUUGAGACAGUGGUUACUAAUAUUAGUAAUAAUUGGAUAGGAAGUGUGGGAUUUUGUUAGCAUAUGGUUCAUUGCUUAAUAGUUUAUGAUUAGG